GGCUUCCUCAACGAGCAGGGUCGAGGAGGUAGAAAGAGGAUUAAUACAGGUGCUCCUGUAGGAGCGCAUCAGCUAUGCUCUCUUAUGAUCAUGGCGUCGCAGGUUGACUGAUCCGCGCCCGCCUAUCGUUAGUACUACCAGUGGCGUAUAUAGCAUAGACUUCAUGAGAUGGUAUGUGUCGCACUUAUAUCCUUCCCUGCUCAGCAAGGUUAUCAACAUGGGUCGAGAUUGGAAUUCACCGGAGGAGCUUCAACGAGAACAAGAGGCGUUCUUGAAACUCGUUCAUGCGCUUGCAGGUGUCUACUAUUGGGGCUUUGUCACAACAUUGAACUUCGAAUGGGCGUUCCUCACUAGGAAGAAGGAAUUCCGCUGGCCCAUGACGUUCUAUUUUCUUGGCCGAUAUUGUCAGGUGCUCUGUAUAAUAGGACUGCUGAUAGUCGUGAACAACACAUCCGGGAGCAUCCAUUGUCAGACACUCUUUACAUUUGCUCAGCUUACAGGGCAAGCUGCGAUAGGCUUUGCCAGUCUUCAGAGCUUACGAGCAUUAUUUUGUUUAUGGGCUCUUCUCAUGCAAGGUGUGAAAAUAGAGAUCAACUCAACCCCGCAAGGGUGCGCAAUUGUCAAUUCACACAGUGCGACAUUACCUGCUACAUUUGCUUACACGAUGUCUCUGGACCUGUGUGUACUUCUUGUGACGAUGUAUCAACUAGUAAUUAUGCAAGGCCGAAGAUCUCAUCUCAUGAACCUGCUCUUCACUGAUGGCCUUAUUUAUUUCGGUUUCGCGUUUAUUGUCAACCUCCCUGCAACAGUCUUUAUGAUAUUGAACCUUAAUCCAUUCAUGUCUGUCCUAUUCGGGUUCCCGACUACCGUUGUCUCCACGGUCAUCGCGUGCCGCGCGGUUCGCCGCCUAUCAGACUUUAACACAAGUGGUCCUCAAGUGUCUGCGGGGUUCCCAAUCACAGAAGAUGCCUUCUCAGAAGCCUCAGCCAGAGUUGAUCACACCAUGUCAUGGAACAUGGCAGCAAAGCAAUCAACAAAUGUGCAUGUUCACAUGGAGACGCUCCAAACUGUCGGCGGCGAUAGUGAAUCAGAGCGCAAGAAAGGCUAUGGAGCCCCGGAAGGAGGUGUGGUCAGUUAUAUAGCCCAUUAGAAUUAUCGCCUUAUAAGUGUCAA